AAUGUCAGGAAGGACUAACCUACGGUUCUGGCUGUACGAAACAGUGUGCUGGUCGUCACUGUCUGCAGAAUUCUCCCUGUAACACGAAUACUGGGAGAUGUGUGGGAGGUUGUCAGUCAGGAUGGAGAGAACAAGACUGUUCACUAGUUUGUUACGCUGGGCGCUAUGGACCUAGCUGUUCACUACAGUGUUCAUCUCGACAUUGUAAGACGAGCUCAACUUCAACAUGUAAUCCAGUAAAUGGGUCAUGUGACAAUGGUUGUCAGUCUGGUUGGCAAGGCAUCGACUGCACAGAUUGUAAAGGAGGACUGACUUACGGUAAUUACUGUGACAAGCGAUGUGCUGAUCGCCACUGUCUGAAUAACUCGACCUGUGCAGCUAACACUGGAUUGUGUGUAGGAGGUUGUCAGCCGGGUUGGAAAGACGUCGAUUGUUCAAAAGUUUGUCACUGGCCGUGGUAUGGACCCAACUGUUCCCUGUCAUGUACAGACAGACACUGUAGCGGACAGUCAGGCUGUAAUAAGACUGAUGGAAAAUGUGAAACAGGUUGUCAGACACGAUGGAAGGGUGUCGACUGUUUAGAAUGUAAUGACAGAUAUGGCGCAAACUGUAGUCUAGACUGUAGGGUGAGACACUGUAAGAACAACAACUCUCUUUGUGAUCCCCGGACUGGAGAGUGUGUUAGAGGAUGUAAACCUGGAUGGAUGAACGCAACCUGUACUCAACAAUGUGCUGAAGGCUUUUAUGGGGAUGGAUGUUCAAAUCAAUGUGAAAACAGAAAAUGCUAUAUUAAUGGAACGUGUGAUUUUCAAACAGGCCAAUGUUCCAGUGGAUGUCAAGCUGGGUGGGAAGGACAGUCGUGUACUAGUGAAUGUACCAAUGGAAAAUAUGGUAUGAACUGUACUGACACUUGUGGAGAAUGUGCACAUGAACUAUGCGAUAGAGUUACUGGGAAUUGCACAGGCGGUUGUAGUGAUGGAUUUGAAGGGCACCUGUGCAAGGAACGUAUUAUUGCUCCACCUCUAAAGACUGGCUUGAUUGCUGGAAUUGCCGUUUCCGUCCUGGUGGUGAUCCUGUUGGUUGUGAUUAUAACUAUUGUUUUGAUGAGACGACGGAGAGGGUUCAAGGCUGAAAGUCGAGAAGCUAUAGUCUCUAGCGAUUCUGUCAAAGGGACUCGUCCAAGAGCUAAAAGAGAAACACAGGAAAGGAGUGAAUACGUCAAUGUAGCUUUCACCGCUCGACCUGUACCUGAAGGAACCGAAGAUGUGAAAGACGAGAAGCCGGUGAAGAACUCGGCUGUGCGGCUGAGUGUUGCUGAUUCCACAGAAGAGUUGGACGAACUAAAAGACGACGAUGAGUCACCAGGAUCUGUAUACUACAACAUUUCUGACUUCAGCCUUCCUGAGGGCGGAGCGCCGGUCGGUGAACUGCUCAACGUCGGGUGUCCGCACAAAGGAUUCGAAAUUGGCUUCAAACAGCUCAUCUCCAUGCACGGCGCCCAUAUGUUUGACCCAUUUUGUCGCAAUUACAAGGACGUCAACGUCAACUGUUGGCACAACAGCGUUUGCGAUAGACUCGGAGGGAAUGGAAUAGAAUCGUAUUUAGCGAUGAAUCAAGAUUCACACUGCGAUUUGCUGAUGACAGGCAGAGUGUUUGGAGAUGACGUGGUGAAUGGCAUGCUAAGCGUUGUAUCAUUGAAGUUUACAGAUUCGAAGGUGGAAGCGUAA